AUGGUCGCCGUCGCCCACGUUCCCGCCCCCAUCGGGGAGCCCGCGAAGCUGGAGAAGAAGCCCGUCAAGUUCUCCAACUUGCUCCUCGGUGCCGGUCUCAACAUGUUUGAGGUCACCACCCUUGGCCAGCCCCUCGAGGUCUUCAAGACACCCAUGGCCGCCAACCGGGGCGACGCUCCACGCCCUCGCUCGGCCCCAUCUGGUCUCGCGGCGGUCCCACCAAGGGCCCUUAUCCCCCUGGGCCCUGGAUCGAAACCUCGAAGCCUCCACCCAAGGUGCCGUCUUCUUUCGUCCGCCUCCCAAGCCGAGUACUACGCGCGCGCCGCUGGCGCCUCCGAGUUCACCGGCGGUAUCACUGGUGGUGUCGUCGGUGGUGUUGCUCAGGCCUACGCCACCAUGGGCUUCUGCACCUGCAUGAAGACGGUCGAGAUCACGAAGCACAAGCAGGCCGCCGCCGGCGUCGUGCCCCAGAGUACCUUUGCCACCUUCAUGGACAUUUACCGCCGCGAGGGCGUCCGUGGCAUCAACAAGGGUGUCAACGCUGUCGCCAUUCGCCAGAUGACCAACUGGGGCUCCCGUUUCGGUCUCUCGCGUCUCGCCGAGCAGGGCAUCCGCCGCGCCACCGGCAAGGAGGGCGGCGAGAAGCUGGCCGCUUGGGAGAAGAUCCUCGCCAGUGCCUUCGGCGGUGGCCUCAGCGCCUGGAACCAGCCCAUCGAGGUCAUCCGCGUCGAGAUGCAGAGCAAGAAGGAGGAUCCCAACCGGCCCAAGAAGAUGACCGUCGGUAACACCUUCCGCUACAUCUACGACACCAACGGCAUCCGCGGUCUCUACCGUGGUGUCGCGCCCCGUAUCGGUCUCGGCAUCUGGCAGACCAUCUGCAUGGUUGCUAUGGGUGACAUGGCCAAGACCUACGUUGAGAAGCUCACCGGUGAUGCCGUCACUGCGAAGCACUAA